CGGCAUAAAACUCCUAUGGAUGCAAUGUCGGAUUGGAUCGUCCAUUCCUGCUCCAAUCCAUGAGUGCUGGAUCUGAUCCCUUUGGUGGUCAAGUCCAGCUCUGGACAGAGGCUUCUAGGAGUCUGUUUUACGCCCGAUUCGGAAUCAGAGCGUCAGGUGUGAUGGAGAGUUGAGCCAUUUGGGGAUUUGCAGUCAAGAAAGCAAUAAGGAAUCAGAGCUUGGAUUUGUAGUACCCGAACCACGGACAGGAUUGUCCAGUCGGCUGUAUGGACGUGUUCGGAUUUUCAAAGAUGGCUAAACUGUCAGGCCAUAAGAAUAAAUCCACCGGCUGGCCUCCACCCUCGGGCAGCUGGACCGGACUGCAGGGUGCUACAUCAUAUGAAUGGGACGCAACCUCUGCACGUGACACCAGGGAGUGCUUCAUCAACCAAGCAUCUCAGAGCAUUUCUCUGGAAGAGAUGCGUGUAGAAGGUGUUCAGGUCCUUCCUCCUGCUCCUCGCAGAGUCGAGAUGUGGAGAGAUCCUGUGCUGGGCUUCGGCUUUGUGGCUGGUAGUGAAAAGCCUGUUGUGGUGCGUUCUGUCACACCAGGAGGCCCAUCUGAAGGAAAACUGAUUCCAGGAGAUGAGAUAAUAAUGAUCAAUGAGGAAGAAGUUGCAGCAGUACCGAGAGAAAGAGUCAUUGACCUUGUCAGGAGCUGUAAGGAAUCAAUCUUUCUGACUGUUGUUCAGCCAUACCCAUCUCCCAAAUCAGCUUUUAUCAGCGCAGCCAAAAAAGCCAAGCUGAAAUCAAACCCGGUGAAAGUGCGCUUUGCUGAGGAAGUCAUCGUUAAUGGGCAGGUUCCGGACACUGUGAAGGACAACUCUCUGCUCUUCAUGCCAAAUGUCCUGAAGGUGUAUUUGGAGAAUGGACAGACCAAGUCCUUUCGCUUCGACAACAAUACAUCGAUCAAGGAUGUCAUCAUGACGCUGCAAGAGAAGCUGUCUAUCAAGUGCAUCGAGCAUUUCUCGCUCAUGCUGGAACAGAGGACAGAGGACUUUGGCAGCAGACUGCUGCUCCUACACGAACAGGAGAUGUUAACUCUGGUCACUCAGAGGCCAGGGUCACACAUAAUGAAAUGCUUUUUUAGAAUCAGCUUCGUUCCAAAGGAUCCAGUCGAUCUUCUCAGAAGGGAUGCUGUGGCUUUUGAAUACCUCUAUGUCCAGUGUUGUAAUGAUGUAGUUCGAGAGCGCUUUGGCCCUGAACUGAAGUAUGACGCAGCUCUUCGUCUCGCUGCUCUGCAGAUGUACAUUCUCAGCCUUACCACGCGGCCGACACAGAAAUUCUCAAUGAAAUACAUUCAGAAGCAGUGGGGUUUGGCACAUUUCCUACCUCCCUCAGUGUUCUCCAGCAUGAAGGAGAAGAACAUCAAAAAAGCUCUGACUCAUAUUUUGAAAACCAAUCAGAAUCUAGUAGCUCCCGGGAAGAAGUUAACCAUAUUGCAAGCAAAGGUUCACUAUUUGAAGUAUCUAAGUGAUUUGAGAUUAUAUGGAGGACGAGUAUUUAAAUCUCUUCUACUACAAGGAGAAAAGGAAACAGGUGUUACAUUACUUGUAGGACCAAGGUAUGGUAUCAGUCAUGUUAUCAACGCCAAGACAAAUCUCGUUGCCCUGCUGGCAGACUUCAGCCAUGUUAAUCGCAUUGAGAUACUCACAGAAGAUGAAGUCAAUGUGCGGGUAGAACUUCAUGUUUUGGACGUCAAGCCUAUCACGUUAAUAAUGGAGUCUAGUGACGCAAUGAACCUUGCUUGCCUAACAGCUGGAUACUAUCGUCUUUUGGUGGACUCACGUCGAUCCAUUUUCAACAUGGCCCACAGUAACAGCAGCGGAGAUAUAGACAGUGGCCAGGAUCCUAGAGAACUUGAGUGGCCAUACAGCACCUCUUUGGGUGAAGAGUUUAGUAAUCAAGAGACCAUCCCUUCAGCCAUACCUUAUCGACCAGAAGCAGAUUACCCACAGGAACAAGAACGAGAGGACAGCAUAAGCUCUUCUUACAUUCCAGAGCCCCUGCCACCACCAUAUCCAGGCCACAGUGGAGAGAGGUCACAAGUAAGAAACAAAAGUCCUCAACGUCCACCACUUCUAUCUUCAAGGCAGCAACCGCAGGACUCUCCCAGGAGUGCUAAGGUGUCCUUUAUAUUUAGAGAUCCACUUCUGCAUGCUGUAAACCCUCGAAACCUUGGUUAUCAGCCCCUCAUGGAUGAGAGUCCCGAGUUGCUCGAAAGCCCUGCUUUCAUUUCCAGCAGUGAAGUGGGCUUUAGCACUCCAGAUGGAGCACCAUUUCAAAUUAGACCUUAUGUAGUCUACAGGAACAUUGGUGAGGGUAAAAUCUUUGACAGUGCUGAAGGUAUUGAAGAGCCUCUCUUACGUGAUUUAUGCUAUGCUGACACGCCUGAUGAUGUGGAGGAUGAUGAUGAAGCUAGCUGUGAAGAGGACACACCUGGCAUACAUGGAGAGGGUGAAGUUGGGCUGCCAACAAGCAAAAUAACAUUUCUCACCCUUUCUGGUUCCAGUGAUGAUAUUAUAGAUUUAACUGCUCUUCCACCUCCAGAGGGAGAUGAUGAUGAGGAUGAAAAUGAUGCGAUUCUUCUUUCCCUCAACAUGGCCAUUGCUGCACCUCCCCCUGGAUUCAGGGACAGUUCAGAUGAGGAGGGUGCAGAGAUGAAAGGUCGGCAACAAAGUUGCUGUGAUGACAGCAUUCCUGUGUCACUGAUUGAUGCUGUCCCUACACAUGCUGAGGGCAAUAGUGCCAGAAUCUUGGAUUAUGCUGUUGUGGAUACACUGCAAGCACUAGAAGCACUUGCUGUAUCUGAGGAUACCACCCAGGCUCGUUCUAACAGAACUGCAGGUCCUGGCAUAUCUCGAGCUUUCAGUCCCGAGUCCUCAUCAGAUUCAGGAAAUGAGACCAACUCCUCAGAGAUGACCGAGAGCUCAGAACAAACUGCAGCCCAUAGGCUAUCUGAGAAUGCUAUGCGUCUUCUGGUGGCGACUACAGAAGGCUACCAGCCCCUUCAGGAGGAAAAGACAGAAUUCCCUGUUUCCCCUAGCACCAGAGCAACUAUACCCAAGCCACCACGCAGUCCCUCAAGACGCAGAGACCUGGCAGUUCAAUCUAUAGCAGUGCCUUUAAAGCAUAAUCUACCUUCUUCCAAUAAUCCAGAGACAGAACCUGAGGCAAAGGCAGAUAAAUCCUUAGGUAAAUAUCUGGUUAAAUCUCACUCAAGCACCCUUUUAAAUACAGGAAAACGACUGAAAGCAAUAGCAACUGAGGGAAGACGAACCAAAAAAAAUAAAGAUGUACCAGGCAAGUAUAACACCUUCAGUGGUAGAGAAAGCAAUAGAAGAAGACAACUGGUUGUAAAAGAAUUCUGUGAACGAUUUCAAGGGACACCGUCCCCGGUAGAAAAUGAGCCUACAGGGGGUCAGGUUGCACGAUCUUUUGGUUCAAGGGAGGAUCUAACUGGCAGUAGUAGUAGUCUCCCAGCAAAGAAGAUUCAGGAUACUGAACAGACUGAAAUCUAUAAAGAUGAUCAAAAGAUCCUUCCACCAUUACGACAGGGAGUGGCACGACUGUGUGAGUACCACCUAGCCAAGCGGAUUUCUUCUUUGCAAAAUGAAGCUCGGAGUUCCCAUCAGGGUUCUCAAUCCUCGUCUCUGGAUGUAGGUGGCAGUACAGGGAGUAGUGCUUCUGCAACCCCAGUGGACUCCCCUCUUUGUGCCACUGACUGCAAGAGCUCUUUCUCUGGAUCCUCAUCCUCUCUCCUGCUCACAUCAAGGGACCUUCACCCUCAUGCAGAUGCUGCUCUCCUGAGAAAGAUGCUGCCAAAUGUACAUCCUCCAGGAUCCAAUCCAUCCCUCAGCGCCCGACCAUCCAAAAUCAAAGAAACCACAGGUACAGCUCGAAGGAGCAACCUUCUAAGUGAUCUGCAUGCAAAACAUGGCAGUGUAAGAAGUAUUAACAUAAAGGAGGGGAGUGAUGCUUAUAAGCAGUUGAUAAACUAUCUUACAGUCAGUCAGAUGCACCAGAGAGACAAACUGUUUAGGGCAGGAAUAGUGGGGUGCAAUAAGGACAGCAGAAAGCAUAUCACAAACUCUACACCCUUUUUAGACAUGGCUAAAGUGAACAAUAUUGUCAAGUGUCCCUGCAUGCUACCUUCUCCCUCCCUCCUCAGCUCAAAGCCCAGUGCAGCUUCCCAAAGAAUCCCCAAAAUAUAUCACUCAACCACUUUGCCAAAUAAAUUGAAGAGGAGUCCUGAUUUGCAUGCUCAGAGACCUAUCAGCAACCAUGAAGUGAGGUGUAAUCAUUCUAAACAAAUGUCAUUUUUUGGCCUUACCCAUGAGUUAGAACAAAGUUUUAACCUUGAUCAAUUCCCAUCUUUAAAUAAGAACCACAGUGAAGGGAUACUUCAUACAAGUACAGAGGACUUACUCAUGUCUGACUACAAGAUGACACUUGCUGUCCAACAGACGCUUAAUGAUUCUUUUUGUCUCUCUAGUGUAGCUUGCACAGAAGACCGCGGAAUGCUGUUGAGACGAGAAGGAAACUCACCUGCUCAUUUACCAAGGCACAUCAAAACCUGUGCCAUCUCCCUACCACCUCCACCACCACCAAUAUCACUUCCACCACCACCACCAUUACCUCCUCCACUUCUUUUAAGUCUUUCAAAGAGCACCAGUUACAGUGGGCCAACCAAAGAUUCGGUCCUCACUUUUAGACCAAACCAUGGAACUUCUCAAGGAUUAAAUCAGUGUGACACCAAUAGUCUGAAUCAUGGGAGAGAGAUAAGAAGUGCCAGUAUCAUAACUGCUGGUCCUGGAAGUACUGAUGCACUGAUUGAGAAUUCAAGAGCACCAUUACAGGGCCGAAUUCAGCAAGAUCAUUUGCAAGCAACUGAGCCACAACUACAAAGAAGGCCUACAAAGAAGCUGUCAAAAAGCUACUCCCACGGUUCAAUGGCAUCCCAGACCAUGGGAUGGUCUGUAAGUAGUAGAGACAACAGAACAGAUAGUGCAGGUUUUUCAGGACAAAAGCAGAUAAGGUCUAUGCAGAAGCUGGAUGUAAAUCCCUGGACAUGCAAUGGUCCAUUUAGUUACUGUUUCUUCAAAAAGAAAAAUCAGUCAGUGGAGGAUGAAGGUGAUAUAGGGGAUGGUUUAAGGAGGCAGCUUUGUGGCUUGGAUGAAGCGGGACCUUCCCAAUUCAAUCUCGACACUGUUCUAGACCCGACAGGAGAGCAGCUGUAUGCAGAAGUUUUAAACAACAUGACCUUUGGGGACAGACUCGUUCGCAUUAAUGCCCUAAAAGACCACACGUAUGUUUACCCCGCUGUUUAUACUGAUGUUCAAAGAGAUGCGAGUGAGCUGAUUGCUGUGGUGCGUUCUAGUGUGGGCAGAGGUGAUAGAGGAACCCCACCCAUGCAGACAGAGGAGCUGGCACAGUACAAGCACCUUCUAGCAAUUGAAUCUAAAGCACUUGGGCAGGCAUGCCGCAGGAUGGCCCUAGCACAUGGAAGCCCAGAAGAGAUGUUGCUGGCAAUUAGUUCUAGUUUUCAGGUGCUUUGUUGCUUAUCUGAGAUCUGUAUGUGCUUGGUUCGUGGCUUAGGUGCUUCAGCCAGCCAGCAGCAGCGUGAGGUUGUGGCUAAGGUAGACGAGGUGGUCAUGAACUACAUGUGCUUGCUCCGGGCAGCUGAGAGAGCCUCAGGAAGUGCUCCAGGGGACCAGAGUGUUAAAACACUUGAUCGCCAUUCUAGCACCAUGUCCGCUAUCAUUAACACUCUCACCCGCUCUCUGAAAACACUGCUCAACAAGUAGGGAUCUUCGGUCACUGAAUCAACCUUUUAUUUGCAAAGCCAUAAAUGGACAUCUGGGUUGAAUAAAUACCCCAAAGUAAUCUAUUCUAAUGAAUACUCCUGUGGUGUGCAUAUUUAUUUUUUAUGUUAGAAUGUAUGUACAAACAAAUUAUAGAACUUUUUAAGAAGCUUUAAAAUGACUAUUCCUGUAUCCUAAAUAUCAUACAAUGCUGUAAUGUUGCAGUUAAACCUAGGGUAUCAAAGUAGAUGAUUUUGCUAAAGAGUUGUAAUACUUAGUAUUUAAACUGGCUUCAUAUUUCAAAUAACUAAAUUGCUUUUUUAAAUUAAUUUUAUUUAAUUUUAUUUCAUAUUUGACGAAAAUAAAUAAUGUCAUCAACAUCUUAUUGAAAACGUCAGCAAAUGUUUCCUUAUAUAAUGUUUUCCUGUUUUUAAAAACUACAGUAUAAUUCCUAACAAGACUUUUAAUUGUUUACCUUGUAAUUUCUGACAUGAUGCUUCUUAAGAUUAUAUGUUAAAAUAUUUCACAGUAAUUAGUCAACACAAUAUAAUUAAACUAUUAUAUACAUAAUUAUGGCCAUCCUUAAUUUUUAAUCUCCAGAAUACAAUAAAGUGUUUAAAGGGAUGAAGGGUUAUACAGUAUGUUUUAUUAACGCAUUAAAUGGCCAUUUGAUCUGCUCAUUUAUUCAUUCAUUCCCAGUGCA